CUCUGGGCGGGGAGAGAGGGGUCUCCUACAGAGGUGCAGCAGUUUGGAAAACUUUCAGGCUUGUGUCAUUCUCCCUGCAGAGCUGAAGCGGCUCCAUGUGAUUGGGCACAAACAUCUCGGAUCUAUUUGCCCCCAGUAACCACGGGGACGACAGGAGAGUUGGCACAGUGGAUCUUGCCCUGCCCAGAAUGGAGUGAGCCUUGAACAGGGCAGAUGGGACCCUCGUUGUACCCUGUCCCUCUAACAGAACUGCUGGGAGUGUAAGAAAGGUGCCAGCCUGACGGCAUUAUUUGUGCAUUCAGCGGGUGCCAAUCUGCUACAAAUACUGGGUGCCCGUGGAUGGGGCAAAACUUCAACUUUGUGUCGUUAUUGCUGAGCCCCUUGUGAGUGCACCCCUCUACAAACAUUCCUGGCAGGGUGCAACUCCACCAUUGCUGGGUUCUCUGGGAGGCGACCAUUCUGCCACCAUCUGUCUGGCACUGUAAUAGGAGAACAAGAGUUACGGGGAACAAUGCAGCACCCUUUGGAGUUAGGGGGCCAUUAUUUUGCCCAUGAUGCGUUUGUGGACCACAGAUCCCAUCGCUAUAGAAGUUUUAUGAUAGAGGAGAUUCUGACUGACCACCAGGACCCCAAAGCUUCUCCGCCUGCUGGGGAGUUGCUAAAGUUUGGGGUGCAAGCACUUCUCUCAGCCAGACCUUAUCACAAUCAUCUAGCAUUACUGAAGGCAGAACAAGCGUCGGUUUUCAAGUUCCCCCUGAGUCCACUGUCCUGCCCAGCCUUGGGUUCCCCCAUUAGUUCUGCAUUGCUCGCCGCUGGCUCUGGACUCCAGGGGGGCUCAGGAGCACCCCAUCACCUCCCCUUAGAGCUUCAUCUCCGAGGCAAGUUGGAAUCCAGCAUCUCAGAGCAGGGGAGCAGUAAAGCAAAGAAGGGGCGAAGAAGUCGAACGGUUUUCACUGAACUUCAACUGAUGGGGCUGGAAAAGCGUUUUGAGAAACAGAAAUACCUCUCUACCCCCGACAGGAUAGACCUGGCGGAAUCCCUGGGCCUCAGUCAGCUGCAGGUGAAAACCUGGUACCAGAACCGACGAAUGAAAUGGAAGAAAAUAGUAUUACAAGGAGGAGGACUAGAAUCCCCAACAAAACCCAAAGGGCGCCCCAAAAAGAACUCCAUUCCCAGCAGCGAGCAGCUGACAGAGCAAGAAAGGGCAAAGGAGACAGAGAAGCUGACAGAGAGUCUCGACUCAACCUCUGAGGUUAAUCAGGAAGAGUAAUUAAGGCGCUUAAUGACUGUGCCCAGCAGAGACCUAAUUAGGAGAACGGCACCAACCCAGGAGGAGCCUGGGGGCCCAAGCAGGAGCCACUACACAUCCUCUCCAUUAGGAGUAUAAUGGACUGCUCCACAAUCAGCACCAAGAGACUAUGGCAGGAGUAAUAUACAUGUAAUUGCCCCCAGCCCCUGAGAUGCCCCAGCAGACUUAGCUCCUCCCACCAGGUGCACAGAGAGAGGCUCCUCCCCUGAGGUUCAGAGAGACACAGACAGCUCCAUGUGCAGCGAGAGACGUUGCCCCACCACUGGGCCCUUUUCCUCUUGGACUUGGAAGACUUUCAUUAUUCUGGUGUCAGAACGUGGAUUUUUGUUUAAUAUGUGGAAAUUGGGACGUUCAGCUAAACCCUGCAGGAAUUGCAGGACAAGAAGAUGAGGUUCUCAAGGGUUAGUAGAACAUUUCUUUCUCCUCCGAUGUAUUUAAUGUAUUUGCUUUUCCUUCCCCUGGAAACGCAGAACUGACACUCCUUCCUGUACCAAUUCUGCGCCUUUUCUACUUUGCCAACAUAAAUAUCAAUAUUUAGUUUCUUUGCUCCUUGAUUUAUUUUUAUUUCAAGAGAUUGAUCCCUUUUAACCCAAACCAUUAACCCCUUCAGCUCCUGCGCCGCUCUGCCCACUGCCAUCCUUGCCAUCACCUCUAAUUAACCCCUUGUGGGGUUUUUUAAACUCAAGUUUUGUUGUUGUCGUUGUUUUUUCCACGCCAAGUAAUUUUAUUUUUGAAUAACGUUGCCUUGUUUCCGACAAAAUAAAUCAUUUCAAUAUUUCUACAA